AUGUCAAGAUGCAUUACCGAAAUUACCAGACUCUGUUUCCUCCCUCCCCUCCCUCCGGGUCGCCUAGCAACACAACCGCUCACUUGCGACACCCGUGGGGCCGACCUAGACCCGACGGCCAACGCUCCCCUGGUACGAUGUCCGCCCGACUGCGGGCGACAGAGACUCUCCGUCUUCGGCAGCGGCAUCUACGCCGCCGUCUCCUCUGUCUGCGGCGGCGCGCUGCACAGCGGCGCCAUGGGGACGGCCGGUGGCCUGGUUCGAGUACAACGCCUCCCAGGAAGACACCACUAUACCCGCUCGUUUGCCAACGGCGUCCAAUCGCAGAGUUUGUCCCGCUGGAGCGCCUCCUUCAGCCUCAGCAAACCUGAGAGGAACGCGCCUCAGGAGCUGAUCCGGGACAACAGUGCCAUCACCAGAAAAGCUGUUAAGAAGAUGCCCGGGAAAAAAGUUGGCAAUAAAGACUGUCAGAUGGACAUUGUGGUGGUGAUGGACAGCAGCUCCAACUUGGGCCGGCGUAGAUUCAACCUGCAGAAGAACUUUGUCACCAAGCUGGUGGCCAUGUUGAAAGUGGGCACCAAUGGACCCCACGUGGGCCUCGUCCAGGCCAGUGAUUUUCCCAGAACAGAAUUCCUACUGAGCAACUACACGCAACCCAAAGAGCUUCAGUUUGCCAUUAAAGAGCUCACAUACCUGGGAGGUGACACGAACACAGGAAAGGCCAUCGCUCACACGGCGGAGCUUCUGUUCACACAGCAGCGCGGCGCCCGACGCGGUCACCCUCGUGUCAUGGUGGUUCUGGUGGACGGCUGGCCGGCCGACGACUUGGAGCGGGCCGCCGCUUUGGCGCGGCGCUCCGGCAUUAACGUCUUCCUGGUGUCCGUCACCGAGCCCGCCGCCGAGGAGCUUCCGGCUGUGCCGGACCGCGACUUCGCCAAGAAGGCGGUGUGCAGAGACAACGGCUUCUUCAGCUACCGCAUGGCCAGCUGGUUCAGUACCACCAAGCACGUUAAACCGCUCACGCAGAGACUCUGCUCGUUGGACGGACUUCUGUGCAGUCGCACUUGUUACAAUUCCGUCAACAUCGGUUUCCUGAUCGACGGCUCGUCGAGCGUGGGCGACCCCAACUUCCGAUUGAUCCUGGACUUCCUGGCCGCUAUCGCCAGCAAGUUCGACAUCUCCGACAUGGGCACUCGCGCAGGCGCGGUCCAGUUCACGUACGAUCAGCGUCUGGAGUUCGGCAUGCGGGAGCACGGCAGCAAAGAGGCCGUGGCGGCCGCCUUGAGGAAAAUCCCCUACAUGAGUGGCGGAACGGCCACAGGGGGCGCCAUUGCUUACGCCGCGCAAAACCUCUUCGAACGGACGGCGCACGGGCGCGACUUCCUGAUCGUGGUGACUGACGGCCAAUCGUACGACGACGUGGGCGGCCCCGCCGUGGCUGCGCACAACAGAGGCAUAACCGUGUACGCGGUGGGCGUGGCUUGGGCACCCAUGGACGAUUUGCGGGCGAUGGCGUCGGAGCCCAAAGACGAGCACGUCUUCUUCAGCCGCCACUUUGGGGACCUGGAGGACCUCGUGGAUGACAUAGUGCGCGGAAUUUGUCGCGACUUUGACGCCAAAAAUUAA